UCGCUGCAAGGUAUUUCCGAAUUGAAUUUAAAAUGAUCUGUCAGUUUCUUGUCUUGAUAGUAAUAAUUUAAUGAUUGACAUUUUGAAUCGCACGUGUUAGGUCUAUUUAAUUGUAAAAAUGAACAAAAACAAAUCUGCAAUCAGUGAUGAUGAUAUUUUAAGUGAUGAAUCAAUGAAUGGAUGUAGAAUUGUUGAUGAUUCGAGUUCUAAUGAUGUCCAAGUACUCGAUGCUGGUGAAUCUUCAAAUGAUUGUCUGCCAACUAAUUUCAUAAAUAAACUACAGGACUCGUGUAACAUUAUUCCGAAAAAAGCAAAGAAAAAAAUUGGAAAUCCAGUUACUAUUAAAUCAAAUUUAUCAAAACCAACCCCAAAUGUUUUACGUCAUCCAUCUAAUGCAGGAUACAAAAUUCCUCGUAAAAAAACUAAAAUUCCUCAUGAGUUUGAAUUUGAUGAAUCAAGUCUUCGUGUAACAAUAGGACCAUCAAUAAUACCUGAGUCAUUAAUUAAAAAACGACAGGCUAAAAUGAAUAAACAUAAUCGCGAAUCAUCAAGUGAAUCACAAAUCGAAGGAGACACAUCAACAGAUUCUGAUGAUUUAAAUAAUACAAUAGACACAAACGCAUCAGCACUAGAUGAUUCAAUGCUGAACUUAGAUGAUUCUGUAUCAUCCGAUGACACAACAGCAUUACAUUUUUACUGCCUUAGAAAUAAAGUUAUUUGUGCAUUGAACAGUUCAAAAAAAUUUUCAUUCCACGGUAAAUUAAAAAUAAAAGUACUGUACGGUGCUGUUGAUAUUUACGGAUAUACAUUAAAUAAAUUAAAUACCAUUACACCAGUAGAAAUUUAUUCACCACGCAGCUCAAAUUUAUUACGUAUCGAAAGUACAUUUUGUCCUGAAUCUAGUGGCUAUGAUGAUUUAUCAGAUGUUUGGGAUGCGUUGAAAGAAGAUAAUAUUGAUUGUAAUUCCGAAGCAUUUACAACAUUUGUUGAUAAUAUUGAAGCCGGUUGGUCUGUCUUCACACUUCAAAAUUUUGAUAAUAAUAUGACCGAAUUUCUCGAAAGAUAUUUUUCACAUCGUCUAUUUCCGGUAUUUGAAAAUAAUACUAAUAAUUGUUGGACACAACGUCGACGAGCUGAAAUUAUUUUGCAAAGUUACAUUUAUCCUACAAAAGCACGUAAGCGAGUACUUUGUUUCAAUAACACUAAAGACACUGUUGAAGCUGUUGUUAAUGAUUUUAAAUCUAGACGUUCAUCACGAGUAAUAUUAGCUGGUGCUAAAAAUCUUGGUAAAUCAACGACAAUGCGUUACCUUGUUAAUAAAUUAUUAAAUGAAACUGAGCAAGUUUUAGUAUUAGACUUUGAUCCAGGACAAAGUGAAUUUACUCCAGCGGGAUGUGUUACUAUGAAUAUUGUUCGUAAGCCACUUCUAGGUCCUAAUUUUACUCAUUUACAAACACCUUAUCAUCAAAUUUAUAUCGGCGGAAUAGACGUAACUCGUUGCUUGACAAAUUACAUUGACGGAGUUAAAAAAAUAAUUGAAUGUUCAAAUAAUUAUUUAGAUAAACAUAAAAAUUUAAUACCGGUUGUUGUAAAUACUAUGGGUUUUUGUAAAAAUAUUGGUUGGGAUAUCAUGUGUUAUAUUAUUAAGAGCAUUAAACCAACAGAUGUAAUUCAAAUAAAUUCUAAGAAGACUAAAUGUAAUUAUGAUAAUUUAUUGAAACAUCAAGUUGUCAUUAACGAGAGAAGUAUAGGAUUAAAUUGGACAAGUUUGGAUGAUCCUUUAUUAAAUGAAUACAAACAUUAUCUUGUAAAUUCUGACGCUGAGCUUCGAGGUAAAAAAGGCGAAACUUGGAACAUAGAACCUCAUCAGUUGAGAGAAAUUGUAAUGCUUGCUUAUUUAAGUGAUAUUACAAAAGCUAAAAAUAACACUAAGUCAUAUGUAACCUCGACAAGUGUACCAACAACUAUCAAUGAGAUAACGCCGUAUCAAGUUCCAUUUUCGGCUGUUAAAGUAUCACUUGGAUUUCCGGUUGUUUCUCACGUACUGUCUGUUAUCAACGGUAACAUUGUUGCUUUAUGUGGUUUUGAUUUCGAUGAUGAGCAAUGCGAUACUGAGGAGGUAUCUUAUCCAAUAGUUUUAGUACGAGCACCUCUGGCUACGUGUUAUGGUUUUGGAAUAGUACGAGGUAUAGAUAUGGAGCAAAAAAAAAUAUAUAUAAAUACUCCAGUGUCAAUUGAUGUAUUACAAUAUGUUAAUUGUUUAAUCGGAAGCAUCCAAGUUCCUGCUGGUUUGCGUCAACUAAAUAAAUCGGGUUUGCCGUACACGAGUGGUGAGUGUAAUUUACCAACAAGUCGUGAUCCAAGAAGAGGAUGCUUUCGUAUGAAAAACCUCAAAGAUACGUCACGCUUAUCUACGGAUGAUUAAAUAUUUUUUUUUAUGUACAUUGAUAAAAAAAUUACAUCAUUUAAAAAAAAAAACUAUUUUUUAUGCAAUAAAUAUUAGUUGCUGUCUUCA